CUCUCCUCGGCUCAGUUCGGCUCGGCUCGGCAGCAGAGUCUCAGCUGUAGUGAAGCUGGAGGAAAGAUGGCGGCCCCUGCUCUCUCCAGUCGGGCUGGCUCGGCGGGCAGCCUCGGGAACAGCCCCACCAUGGCCGCCGGGAGGCUCCCGCACGGCGGCGGCGGCGGAGGAGGAGGCGUCGGGCCCGAGCUGGACUUCAGGUCGGCGGCCCGCAUGGAGGACCUGAACCGGCUCAUCCAGGAGUUCAGCAAGCACGACCAGCGGGAGUACGACGACCAGCGGGCUCUGGAGAUCCACACGGCCAAGGACUUCAUCUUCUCCAUGCUGGGAAUGGUACAGAAGUUGGACCAGAAGCUCCCGGUGGCCAACGAGUACCUCCUGCUGUCGGGAGGCGUUCGUGAGGGCGUGGUGGACAUGGACCUGGACGAGCUGAGCGUCUACGCUCGCGGCACAGACUACGACAUGGACUUCACCCUGCUGGUCCCGGCGCUCAAACUCCACGACCGCAACCAGCCGGUGACCCUGGACAUGAGACACUCGGCACUGGGCCACUCCUGGCUCAGCCUGCGCCUCUUUGACGAAGGGACCAUCAACAAGUGGAAGGACUGCUGCACCAUCGUGGACCACAUCAACGGCACCACUAACUACUUCUUCUCCCCAACGCUGGUGGCCGACUGGUUUUACCAGUCCAUCUCACUGGUGCUGCUCGAGGUGCAGAAGAAGCCGCAGAGGGGGAUGCCGAGGGUGGAGAAAGUGGAGAGGAACGGCACCAUCAUCUCCGUCAUCCUGGGCGUCGGGAGCAGCCGCAUGCUGUACGACAUUGUCCCCGUGGUGUCCUUCAAAGGCUGGCCGGCGGUGGCUCAGAGCUGGCUGAUGGAGAACCACUUCUGGGACGGGAAGAUCACCGAGGAGGAGGUGAUCAGCGGUUUCUACCUCGUCCCCGCCUGCUCCUACAAAGGCCGCAAGGAGAACGAGUGGCGGCUGUCGUUCGCCCGCAGCGAGGUGCAGCUGAAGAAGUGCAUCUCGUCCAGCCUGAUGCAGGCGUACCAGGCCUGCAAGGCCAUCAUCAUCAAGCUGCUGUCGCGCCCCAAAGCCAUCAGCCCCUACCACCUGCGCAGCAUCAUGCUGUGGGCCUGCGACCGCCUUCCCCCCAACUACCUGGGCCAGGACGACUUCUCCGCCCACUUCCUGCUGGGCCUGAUCGACGACCUGCAGCACUGCCUCGUCAACAAGAUGUGUCCCAAUUACUUCAUCCCCCAGUGCAACAUGCUGGAGCACCUGUCUGACGAGACCGCCAUGCUGCACGCCCGCAAACUCUCCUCGGUGCGCUCCGACCCGGCCGAGCACCUCCGCACCACCAUCGAGCACGCCAAGGCCGCCAACAGGCUGACGGUGGAACUGCAGUGGCGAGGCAGCGCCAACAACCUGCCGUCGCCGCAGUCCGACGCCGGCGGCGAGAACCAGCCGGACGACCGGCUGGCCAAGAAGCUCCAGCAGCUGGUCACGGAGAAUCCGGGGAAGUCCAUCUCGGUCUUCAUCAACCCGGACGACGUCACGCGGCCGCACUUCCGCAUCGACGACAAGUUCUUCUGAGACGGAGAGACGUUGUCCCAGACCUCCUCCUCCUCUCUCUCUCUCUGCCUUCCUUCUCCUCGCCUGGUGCCCCGCCUCCUCUGAAACUUUAUUUUUUACAUUUUUUUAUGUUUCUCUGCCACAGAGUGAAGUGAGGUGAUCGUCUAGUUGUGUCUGCCACAAUUUUUUAAUUUUUUAAUUUUUAUUUUUCUAUUCCCCUUCCCCUCUUCCCUCCUCUUUCACUGUGUGCCCUGUGUUUUUUACCUGCUGAAUGCCUUUUAAAUAGACCGCUGAAUAGCAGCGGGUUGUUUUUAAGCCGAAAGGACGAGGCCAAAAUCCACCUUCAGAGGGAGUCGCUCUUCAGAUGUUACAGUAGUUAAAUUAUCAGGGAUCCUGGAAAUGAGACGUAAAAAAGCAACUCCUGAAAACAUUGCAGAAGCUUGUUCGCAGCAUAUUUAAUUAAUCCAGUUAAAGCCAGUUUAUCACACGAUUCGUACGGUCAUGAAAAACCUGGAAAAGUCAUGAAAUUUGCAAAUAGCAAUUUUCAGAAAAGUUCUGGGAAAUUAAAUAUGCCCUUAAAGUUUUGAGAAAGUAAUGAAAUUUUGUUUCACAAACCUGUAGAAUAACACGGGACGGUCUGAAAUUUGAAAAUCCAAUAAUAAUUUCUGUUUUUACAGUUUCCGGAUGUGAUGAAUAGUUUCAUUUUUGAUGAUGUUUGAAGAAAGAAAACUGUCAAAGUUUCAUGUCAAGUUUUGUUCAAGAAAAAAAAACAUCAGAAAUUUUCCCUUGGAAAUUAGCAAAAAAAAACACCAAUAUUUUACCUCCACAAUUGAACAAAGAAGUUUUAAAAACAUUCUUAAAAAUCAUCAAAAAAUUUUUUGCAGUUUUUUGUUUUUGAAAAAUCUCAA